UCUAAAAUAUGAAUCUGCGCGAUGGUGAAAUAUAUAUUUCGUUGGAUUGGGAAAAGAAACGACAAUGGAGGGAAGCUCAAGCAUGGUGAGCAACCAGCAUGACAAGGCAAAGAAAGGGUUGGAAGGCAGUGCCUUAGAUUUACCCAUCAACCGUUAUGCCAAUUUGAAAAGCGCUACAAGCGAUGACGACUUCACCAAUGUUCUCGCACUCAUCAAAUCCUCCAAAACCCCCGCUGUUAUCAAUUAUGGCGCUUCUUGGUGCCGCGUCUGUAGCCAGAUUCUCCCAGCAUUCUGCAGACUCAGCAAUAAUUUUCCAAAGCUUACCUUUGUGUACGCAGACAUUGAUGAAUGCCCGGAAACAACUCAACACAUUCGCUACACGCCAACCUUCCAAUUUUACCGGAAUGGUGAAAAGGUAGAUGAGAUGUAUGGCACUGGAGAAGAGAGGCUCCAUGAUCGCCUGUGGUUGCACUCUUAACUACUCCGCGUGAGAGAAACAUCAUGUUUGCAAUUUCUCUAUCUAUGUAAGUAGCACUAUCAUCAAUUUUGUGAAUCGUAGAACAAAACCUAGUUAUUCUGUGU